AUGAAUCUGGUGGCCGAAGUGAGGGAAGAGAAGCAAGAGCUCCCUGCUCAACCUCCUGCAGAGAAGGGGAGGAAAGAGGAGAAGAAGAAGAAAAAGGAGAAAGAUCGAGGGAGGAGCAAAGAGAAAGACCGGAGUCGGAAGAGGAAGAGGAGAAAGAGAAGAAAGAGGAUCUCCUUGAGAGGGGAGGCCAAGAAGGAGUUGCAGGCAGUGUUUGGGGAAACAGGGAUCGACCCAGACCCGAGGUUCCGGCGAAGGUUCACUGCCAAGGCCGCCAAGAGAGUCAAGAAGAGAUGGAAGGACACCUCAUCAAGCAGCAGUUCCGGAACGAAGAGCGAGGCCAGCAGCGAAAAGAGCGUGGAGCUUUUUGCAGAGGAGCAGAAGAUCCGCCGCAUGGGACGGGCAGCGCCAGGAGCUUUGACAUGUGCAGCCUUCCGCGACAUCCAACAUUCAUUGCUCACGGGCACAGGAGGAGUAUGGAACCCCGAAGAAGGGGUGAUACCACCAAUAGCCUGCCAGUACUACCGGCAAUGCAUGCAACAGAGGCUGCAAGGAGGACAGGCACGAGAGGCAUUGACGAUAGCCUGGACCUUGGAUCUCCUGCUCCAAGGAAGAGUGUCGGAGGCAUGCGACACGCUAACCCAAAGGCUCAAGAGCCUAGAGAUGAGUGGGGCUGGCGCCGCAUGGACCAUCUCUCAGAAAGUGGAGCUAGUGCCACCAGAGAAACCAGUGCUCAGCUCCCGCCCGGAGAUGAGAGAGGCGAUCAGAGAGAAUCGCGAGGAGCAGAAGACACGAAGCGAGGCCGCCCGGCCAAAAGGGAAAGGCGAUUCCACCACUUCCUCGUGGCGAGAGGACGACCGAGGGAAAGGUCGAGAGGCGAAAGGAAAGGGCAAGAAGGGCAAAGAGAAGGGCGAUGGCAAGAGAGCGGAGAAGUAG